AUGGAGAGCAGUGGAGGAGGAGGUAGGGUUUCUUUUGGAGAAUGCAAUGAUGGAGAGGCAGACGAUGACAAUGACGAUGGUGCCCUUAACCACCCUCUAUUUGGUCGUGUCGCUGGUUUGGAUGCUUGGUUUUCUCUGCCCCACGUUGUUGACAGUGCUUUGGUGGCUAUUGCGGUAGAGUACCUGAUGGUUUUGGAGAUGCUCAUGGAGAUAUUUGAUGGUGGACUAUGUGCACUUUCCUGGUGUGGGAAGGAGGUUCUGUGGGGAAGAGCUUCUAGUGCUCGGGAGAGGUGGAACAGUGAUCCCAUCGAAGUCGAAGAGAAAGCAAAACUCAGUGGAGGAACAACGAAUUUCCCUGUAGAACACGGAAAAACCUACCUACUUUGUAUCGUAAAUGCUGCAGUCAAUAAUCACCUCUUUUUCAAGAUUGCAUCACACAAUCUUACAGUGGUAUCUGUGGAUGCCUCCUACACAAAGCCAUACACAACAGACAUACUGAUGUUAACAUCUGGUCAGACUACAGACGUUCUUCUCACGGCCAAUCAAGCCGAAGCCAGAUAUUAUAUGGCCGCCAAAGUAUACACCACUCAAUCUGAAGCAAAUAUUGAUAACACCACAACAACCGCCAUUUUAGGCUACGUGGGCUCUAAUUCAUCUGCCACUCCAAUCCUCCCUGACCUUCCAGUAUACAAUGACACUGCAACAGUGAUCACAUUUACCCGAUCCUUACGAAGCCUGUCUUCAGAGGAGCAUACAGUGGACGUUCCACAAAGCAUAAGCGACAGUAGCAUCAUAACCGUAGGACUUGGUUUAAUUCCUUGUGAAACCGGCCGUAACUGUAGUGGCCCUAACAAUACCAGACUGGCUGCGAGUAUGAACAAUAUAUCUUUUGUGCUGCCUGAUGUCGCCAUUCUGCAAGCUUAUUACUUCGGCGUUAAUGGAGUCUUUACCACCGACUUUCCUUCCAACCCACCAGUUGUGUAUAAUUAUACCGGCGAUGGAACCAAUAUCUUCCAAGCAGAUAACCAUCCAAUGCAUAUUCAUGGGUAUGACUUUUAUAUUGUAGGAGAGGCUUUUGGUAAUUAUGAUAAUGAAACAGAUCCGAGCUCUUUCAAUCUGGUCGAUCCACCUCAACGAAAUACAGUAGGGGUUCCUGCCAAUGGAUGGGCCGCUAUCAGAUUCAAAGCUGACAAUCCAGGUGCAUGGUUCGUACAUUGUCACUUUGAUGACCAUGUAACAUGGGGAUUGGAUACUGUCUUUAUUGUGAAGAACGGCCCUAGUGCUUUGGAAAGUUUGAUCCCUCCUCCUGCUGACCUCCCCAAGUGCUAA